CAGAGUCAGUCCGUUCUUUAGUCAGUCAGUCAGGUGCAGACAGUUGACGUGUUCGGUUGACCAAAGCGGAAGUGUGCAUCGACUGUGUCGAUAUUUUGUGACCAAAAAAGAACUCAGACACACACACACGCACGCACACACCAAGAGAGCGGCAGAGAGAGCAGUAGAGAAAGAGAAAGAGAGACAAACAGGCCGCCGCCGCCGCAGCAGCAGCAGCAUGAAUGCCACAUACAACUAAAAUCCAAGAUAGCCGUCGGAAAAUGUGGAAAAUGUGAAUUAUAAUUGCGCGGAAAAUAGAGCAACAACAACGACAAAAAAAAAUAAAGAAAAGGGGAAAAAAAACCAGCGACAAUUGUCAAUGCGCCGCGCCGCGUGUGUGUGUGAGUGUCCCGACGAGCCAGUGCCUGUGUGUGUGUGUGCGAGUGUGUGAAAGCAAAAGAGUGGUGUCGGUGUCCCUACCAUCCCCCCCCUCCGCACACAAGCCCCCCCGCCCCCUCGCAGCCCAACAAAGUGUGAGUGCGUGUCCGUGUCCACAUAUCAGAAGCAGCGGCAGAGCCCCAGCAACGCGCAGCAGCCACGCAGCAGCCACGCAGCAGCCGACGACGACGCCAGCAGAAGAGGCCACACACCAGGAGGCGGAGGAGCACACACAGCAGCACUAGCAGCAGUAGGAGGGACACACCGAGGCCUAGCCAUGGGCAGUGGACACUAUUUCUGGGCGAUUUUCUACUUUGCCAGCCUCUGCAGUGCUUCACUAGCAAAUAAUGCCAAAAUAAAUUUCCGAGAAAAGGAGAAAAAAGUCUUAGAUCAAAUUUUAGGUGCAGGCAAAUACGACGCCCGUAUACGACCAUCCGGAAUCAAUGGCACAGAUGGUCCCGCCGUUGUGCGCGUCAACAUAUUCGUACGAAGUAUAUCGAAAAUCGAUGAUGUGACUAUGGAGUACAGUGUGCAGUUAACAUUCCGAGAGCAAUGGACGGAUGAGCGUCUGAAGUUCGACGAUAUUCAGGGUCGGCUCAAAUACCUCACACUGACGGAGGCGAACCGAGUCUGGAUGCCGGAUCUUUUCUUCUCAAACGAGAAGGAGGGACAUUUUCACAACAUAAUCAUGCCCAAUGUGUAUAUACGCAUUUUUCCCAACGGUUCAGUUCUGUACAGUAUACGUAUCUCGCUGACAUUGGCUUGUCCAAUGAAUCUCAAACUAUAUCCAUUGGAUAGACAAAUAUGUUCAUUGAGAAUGGCCAGUUAUGGCUGGACCACAAAUGAUUUGGUGUUCCUUUGGAAGGAGGGUGAUCCUGUGCAGGUCGUUAAGAAUUUACACCUACCUCGCUUCACUUUGGAGAAGUUUUUGACUGAUUACUGUAACAGUAAAACCAACACGGGUGAAUACAGUUGCCUCAAAGUCGAUCUACUAUUCAAGCGAGAAUUCUCAUAUUACUUAAUACAAAUUUAUAUACCAUGCUGUAUGUUGGUCAUUGUAUCAUGGGUAUCAUUUUGGCUGGAUCAAGGCGCAGUGCCAGCGCGUGUGUCAUUGGGUGUCACCACUCUAUUGACCAUGGCAACACAAACAUCGGGCAUAAAUGCAUCACUGCCACCAGUAUCCUAUACGAAGGCGAUUGAUGUGUGGACCGGCGUCUGUUUGACCUUCGUGUUCGGGGCAUUGCUUGAGUUUGCCUUAGUGAACUAUGCAUCCCGUUCAGGUUCGAAUAAAUCUAACAUGCAUAAGGAGAAUAUGAAAAAGAAGCGCCGAGAUCUGGAGCAGGCCUCCCUGGACGCCGCUUCAGAUCUGCUCGAUACAGAUAGCAAUGCAACGUUCGCAAUGGCAUCGCAAUUUCAACGCGGUGGCGGCCAACAGAAACCGCUAGUGCGCCAUCCCGGCGAUCCGCUGGCCCUCGAGAAGCGUCUCCAGUGCGAGGUGCAUAUGCAGGCACCCAAGCGACCCAAUUGCUGCAAGACCUGGCUAUCGAAAUUCCCCACAAGAUCGAAGAGAAUCGAUGUUAUAUCCCGGAUCACCUUCCCGCUGGUCUUUGCCCUCUUCAACCUGGUCUACUGGAGCACCUAUCUCUUCAGGGAGGAGGAGGAUGAGUAAAUGCCGUUGCCAAUACUUAAAUUUAAAUUUAAUUACUUGAUACGAUUACAAAAAAAACUUACCAAAAACGAAACAGCAAAAAAAAAAUACCAAACAGCAAAAUGUAACCGAAAAACACAUGAAAAAUGUGAUGUACUAACCUAUUCUUUCAAUUCUUUUUCCAUUCUUUCCACAAACUAACUUUUGGUUCCCAUUUGGAUUCAUUUGUCAUGCUCUUUUUGUGUUGCGUUUUGUGUUUUCCAAACUGAUUUGUUGUGAACAAACUUCAAAUGAAAAAGGACCUUCUAAGGACCGCCCACGGCUAUGUAGAAUCCAAACGUGAGACAGAGAGAGAGAACGAGGGGCAUGCCCCCGCAAAGAACAGAGACAGAAUCAGAGUUAUAGGCAAGGCUUCGAGGCACUUCCAUUAAAGAUUUAAAUGAUAAUUCGAUUGAGGAUGAUGGAAAAAAUUAUAAAGUUAAUUCUUAAGCUCAAUUGAUGAUCCAAAAGUGUGACUGCAUAGUAGUUAAUGUUAUUAAUAAUUAUAUAAAACAAAAACCAAAAAAACACAAACACAACACGACACACACACCCUGAAACAACAAUUGUUUUGAGUUAGACUAGUUGAAAAUCAAUUUAAAAAAAAAUUAAAAUUAAAUUUAAAUUUAACAAAAAAAACAAAAAAAUUACACACAAUUGAUUUGUACUUAAAACGAAAUUUCUUAAGUUUAGCCCUAAAUCCGUUAAUCCAAGGAUCCUGAGGUCGUACACCAACGACCAUCUUUUGUACAUACGAAUGAAUAUUAAUAUGAAUACGAAUAAGUUUUAAGCGAAAAAAAAAAAACCAAAAAUCUCUAGUUUAAAAACAAAAUUCGAAUUGUAUAAAGAGCAUUGUGUAGAUAUUUACUAAGUUUAGUCGAUAAACCCGAAACGGCGGAAGCCAAGCGAACAAAAACUCUAGGUAAAAAAUUCCAAUCAAUUAUAUGUUCAUUCAUCGAAAAGAAGCUAUCGAAUAAAACAAUCGUAGGAAGAAAAUCCUCUGCAAAGCACA